UAGCGGGCGCUGUCCUCCACCAGCGCUGCUAACAUUGCGGCUGUCGCCGCUGCCCGGGCUCCGCCAGGCUGUGACCAUGACUGUGGGGAGGUCUGCGGGACCCUCCGAGGGCUCCGAGAGCAGCGGUCAGAUAUUUCCUCCCAAAUCCUCCUCAGACACUGAACCAGGAAAUGAGCUGGUUUUGUCGAGGGCUGGCAAACUCCAUGACUUCCUCAGCCCAGAGGAGGAGACGGAUUCUACUUCUGACUCCACUGGGAGCCUUUAUGAGACUCUACAGACUCUAAAGCAGAAGGGCAGACUGAGUCUGUUGGAGACCUUAUUUCAGUCUGACUCAGAAAGCGCUGAGAUCAGCUCUGAAGAUGAUGAAGAUCUGGAGAGUUUCUUUCAAGAGCAGAGCAGAGGGAAGCAGCAGGUCCAGCUUCCUGGGUCUCUGAGGUGCGGCUCCACCAGGCGCUGCAGCUCCCUGAGCAGCCUUCCCUCUGACGUUCCCAAGCGUGAGGCUCAGCCAUCCUCAGGCUCCGCGCCUCCUUCCCAGCGCAGAAGUGUCAGCUCCUGGGCAUCCUCCAUCACUGUCCCUAAGCCAUUCCACAUGACACUGCGUGAGGCCCGGAAAAAGGCCCAGUGGCUGGCCUCACCAGCCUCUUUCGAACAGGAGAGGCUGCAGGCCCAGAGGCAAGGCCAGGAGGAGGCUGAGUGCCACCGGCAGUUCCGGGCGCAGCCUGUGCCGGCACACGUCUACCUGCCCCUUUACCAGGAGUUCAUGGAGCGCAGCGAGGCUCGGAGGCAGGCAGGGAUCCAGAAGAGAAAGGAACAUCUCCUCUCAACCUUGAAGCCCUUUAGCUUCCUUGAGAAGGAGGAGCAGCGAAAAGAAGCUGCUCGAAAGAAAGACUUGGCUGCCACAGCAAAGGCCAAGGUCCCCACCCCAAAAGCCACCAGAAGGAUCCCCAAGUCUAUCCUGGAGCCAGCACUCGGGGACAAACUCCAGGAAGCCGAACUCUUCAGGAAAAUUCGCAUCCAGAUGAGGGCCCUGGACCAGCUCCGCAUGGCCUCCUCUCCUAUCAGCUCCUUUAGCAGCCGGGCCGACCCCCAGUCCCGCACAGCCACUCGCACUCGGGAAGAAAAGCUCAGCUUUCUACAGACUGACUUUGGGUUCCAGCCUCGGGUGAACCCUUGUGUCCCUGACUAUGAGGCCCUUUACAAGGCCUUCCAGAGAAGAGCUGCGAAGAGAAGGGAGAUGCCAGAGGCAACUCAUAACAAGCCCUUCUUGCUUAGGACUGCCAACCUGCGCCACACCCCACGACCGUGUGACACUCCUGCCACCAGAGAGAGAAAGGAUUCCCCACAGGCACCAGCUACACCUCUGCCAAGGAGUCGCUCUCUGAGUGGCCUUGCUUCUCUCUCUGCCAACACCCUCCCAGUGCACAUCACAGAUGCUGCCAGAAAGAGGGAAUCUGCAGUCAGAACUUCACUUGAAGAAAAGGACAAAGCAAAUGAAAGUAUCCAGUGGCUGGAGAAGCACAAAAGAAAGUGUCAAGCCAUGUCUAAAUCAGUGACCUUGCGUGCAAAAGCCAUGGAUCCCCAUAAAAGCCUGGAGGAAGUGUUUAAAGCAAAGCUGAAAGAGAACCGGAACAAUGACCGUAAAAGAGCAAGAGAAUAUAAAAAAGAAUUGGAAGAAAUGAAGAAAAGAAUACAAACAAGGCCCUAUCUCUUUGAACAAAUUUCAAAGGACCUUGCCAGGAAAGAGGCAGAACAACAUUAUCGAGAUGCCCUGAAGCAGGUGGGACUGGAGGAGGACUUCGUGAGAAACAAGAGUCAAGGCAGUGGACAAUGGCCAGAAGCCAACGUCAAAGAUUCUUCUAACAUCCAUGAGACUACAAAACUUGGCAUCAGGUAUCCACAGAAGGAUCUAGAAGAAUCACUAGACUUGCCUACAGGCCCCAAGAAAGAAGUGGAAGAGAACCUGUAUCAUGAAGCACUGCACAACCUCGAACUACCUGCUUAAGCAGUCCACUUAGCUUUACAGUUUUUGAACAUCAUCAAGUAGCUAAUCAGGAGUUGAGUCAAGACAGGAUAAACUUGGAUUUGGGGCAUGGCUACUGUUAGAAAAUAAGGAAAAGUAACAGGUGACAGAGCAAUGCAGUUCAAGGAAAUAAAAAAAUUCAGAGUGGAGGGAUCAGCCAGGGAUAAGGCUUCUUUCUUUGUGCCUGGCAUUUGAAUAGGUAUAAAAGACAGGACACAAGGCCAAAUGCCUGUCCAGGCUAGUUAGAAGACAUAAGGGGUUAAAAGGUUAGGGUUUAAAAUGAGAGUAGACUGGAGAGUACAACCCCUGCUGGAAUACAGGUCCAGACUUGCCAGGACAACUGCAUUUUCAUUAUAGGCCAAAGUUUGCAUGUUGGCAAUUCAGAUUUAGAAAUAUUAUAUAGGUAAAACAAAAUUUAUGUUUAUCAGAUUCAGCUCGUGGGCGAUAACAAAUUCGUAACCUUAGUAUACAUUCUUUUAUUCUCAGCACCUGAUAUUUUGUGUCAGGUGGUUUCUGGUUGGUGCCCACAUUGUAGGAUGCAACAUCCCAGGCCUCUAUGCCAGUAACACCUGUCUUUCAGUUAUGACAACCAAAAAUGUCUCCAGGUAUUGCCAAAAUGCACCCUCGGAAGCAAAGUUGUCCCAGGUUGAGAAACAAGGUUUAGUAUCAAAGGCUACAAGAAGCAAAAACUGACAUUUUAAGAAUACAAGUAAAUGCCACAGUCUAUACAGUACAGGAUAAUUAUGCAUGUCAUUAACAAAUUAAGAACUUAUAUUUAAAACAUUCUUUCCUGUUUAGAAUGUAUUACUGUAUGUAUGUAGGUAUGAGCAUGGAGUUAAUUUUAAAUAAACUGAAAAACUCUUGACAACCAUGAUGUUCUACUAGUAGGUGAUCUUUGGGAUAUUUUUCUUCUCCUUAGACUGGCUACUUUUUUUUUUUUUUGGCCAGUCCUGGGGCUUGGACUCAGGGGCCUGAGCACUGUCCCUGGCUUCUUUUUGCU